ACAUUUCUCCUCAGCUGCUCUGGACGCGGAGCCUUGCCUCCCUGGGAGACCACAGGCCUGUCACAGGCAGCACGCUUAGGUCUCAGCAACGUGUACCAUGGAGAAGGCGUCUGUCUGAGGCACUCUGUCUCUCUGUCUCUCUCCUAUAAGAGCUGAAACUUGCCUAAGCCCUCACUAACAGUUGGUCAUUGUGGAGGUGAACAAGACAGCUGCAGGCUGUCAUUCCAGGACCCCGCUGCACCUGGGAGGCUGCUGGGGGCCAGAGCACCCAGAGGAGGUGCUUCCUGCCUGGAAGCAGCCAUGGGGUGUCCCUCCCGCUGAGGAGGAGGAACCCAUGCCCAUCCAGCCAGGGCCUUCACAGGGCAGGGAGAUGACAUCGGAGGACCUAAGUCCAGUUCAGCCUGGAGGGACAAAUGAGCUGAGGGUGAUGUUGGACUCAGUAACCCACAGCACCUUCCUGCCCAACGCAUCCUUCUGUGACCCCCUGAUGUCGUGGACUGAUCUGUUCAGCAAUGAAGAAUAUUACCCUGCCUUUGAGCAUCAGACCGCCUGUGACUCCUACUGGACAUCAGUGCACCCCGAGUAUUGGACUAAGCGCCAUGUCUGGGAAUGGCUCCAGUUCUGCUGUGACCAGUACAAGCUGGACGCCAACUGCAUCUCCUUCUGCCACUUCAACAUCAGUGGCCUGCAGCUGUGCAGCAUGACACAGGAGGAGUUCAUUGAGGCAGCCGGCAUCUGCGGGGAGUACCUGUACUUCAUUCUCCAGAACAUUCGCACGCAAGGUUAUUCCUUUUUCAAUGAUGCUGAAGAGACCAAGGCCACCAUCAAAGACUAUGCUGAUACCAGUUGCUUGAAAACAAGUGGCAUCAAGAGUCAAGACUGUCACAGUCAUAGUCGAACAAGCCUGCAAAGCUCUCACCUGUGGGAAUUUGUGAGAGAUUUGCUUCUUUCUCCUGACGAAAACUGUGGCAUCCUAGAAUGGGAAGAUAGAGAGCAAGGCAUUUUUCGGGUGGUUAAAUCAGAAGCCCUGGCAAAGAUGUGGGGACAAAGGAAGAAAAAUGACAGGAUGACAUAUGAAAAGUUGAGCAGAGCCCUGAGAUACUACUAUAAGACAGGCAUUCUGGAACGGGUGGACCGAAGGUUAGUGUAUAAAUUUGGAAAAAACGCACAUGGGUGGCAAGAAGACAAACUAUGAUCUGCGCUGGGAAUCAAGCUCCCUGUAUGGAUUUCUGUUAUUUAAAAACAAUCAGACUGCAAUAGACAUUUGAAAGUCUUUCUUCUCCUCCUCCUCC